AUGUCAUUCAACGGCACCAAAACCGAGGCCUCCCAUUUGAAAGACCCUUCACUCUUCAUCACACAAUGCAUCAUCGGCUCAAAUCGCGUCCCCUCCCAUUCCAGCAAAACUUUCGACGUCAUCUACCCAGGUGAUCGAAGCAUCACCAUCGCCUCCAUCCCCGAAUGCAAUACCACCGACGUCAACGAUGCAGUCUCAUCCGCCUACUCCACUUUUCAAACUUUCCGCAACACCACCGCUCGCCAGCGAUCUGACCUUCUCCGCAAACUAAACGACCUCACCCUCGCUAACAUCGACGAUCUCGCCACCCUUAUCGUCCGUGAGAACGGCAAAACCCGCACUGAAGCCGAAGCCGAAGUUAAAUACGCCGCUAGCUUCCUCUCCUGGUUCGCUAACCUAGCUGAAGUUGGAGCGCAGGGGGAGACGAUUGCAGCUGCGAAUCCGAAUAUGAGAGUGCACACGAUUAAGCAGCCUAUCGGGGUAGUGGCUUGUUUGUUGCCAUGGAAUUUGCCGCUGGCUAUGGCGACGAGGAAGAUCGGGCCGGCGUUGGCUGUGGGGUGUACUUGUGUGGUGAAGCCAGCUGGUGAAACACCGUUGUCGACGUUGGCAUUUGCGGAGUUGGUGAAGAGGGCUGGCUAUCCGGAUGGUUGUGUGAAUGUUGUUACGACGUUGGAUAACGUGGCGGAGGUGGGGAGGGCGAUCUGUGAGCAUAAGCACAUUCGUAAAGUUUCACUCACCGGGUCUACUCGGGUGGGGAAGCUCAUUGUUGCUCAAAGUGCCAGUACGCUGAAGAAGCUGAGCAUGGAGUUGGGUGGAAACUCUCCUGUCAUUGUCAUGAACGAUGCCGACCUCGACAAAGCCAUCACCGGCGUGCUUCUCGCUAAACUUCGCACUUCAGGCCAAACUUGCGUUGCUGCCAAUCGAAUCCUAGUCCAAUCCGGAAUCCACGACAAGUUCCUCUCGGCCCUUGCCGAAAAGAUCAAAACGUACAAACAAGGCGAUGGGGAAGACAUAGAAGUUCUCUUGGGUCCACUCAUCACCGAUCGAGCUGUCGAAAAAUGCCGCUCUCAUGUCCAAGACGCACUCGAAAAAGGCGCCUCGCUUUACUAUGGCCCCAAACCACCCUCUUCAUUCCCCAAUUCAGGAGGUUACUUCUACCCUCCAACAAUCUUAACCGGACUGAAAGACGAUAUGCAAAUCUGCACAGAAGAGACUUUUGGUCCUGUAGUAGCUAUCCGAAAGUUUGACACGGAAGAGGAGGCACUGAAACUUGCAAACGAUUCAGAUGUCGGCCUAGGUGCGUAUGUUUACACGAACGAUCUAAGGGUUGCAGCUAGAAUGUCGACUGGUAUCGAAACGGGUAUGAUCGGAAUCAACACGGGAAUGCUCAGUGCUUGCGAGAGUCCAUUUGGAGGUGUAAAGGAGAGCGGGUAUGGAAAGGAGGGAAGUGUUCAUGGUAUGGCCGAGUAUCAGAUUAUGAAGACUAUUACCACCGACGUUUCUGGUUAG